AACCCCGUGAAGCUCAGGCGCAUGGAAGGAAAGACGGUCACGUGAUGUGCAAAAUGGCUUCGCCGUGUCGGAGCGAGGCGAGUUCGACGAAUGACAGGAGUUUGUGAGGGAGGCCGCCCGCCCGGCAAAGGGGUGCCAUGCAUAAAAUCAAGUCGCUCAUGACCCGACAGGGUCUCAAAAGUCCACAAGAGAGUAUUCAUGAUUUGAGUCCCACUGAAAACUUCAGAAUUCCAAGCAAGGAGGAACUUAGAGAACUCCGGGAACAACCAACUGAUCCUCAGGCUCAACAAGAGAUAAUUAACAGCAUUGAGGAAGUCUAUUUUUCCAACGAUUCCUUUGAUAUUGUUAAGUAUGAAUUGGAGAAGCUGCCUCCUGUUCUUAAUCUUCAAGAACUGGAAGAAAACAGAGACAAACUAAAGCAACAGCAAGCUGCUGUAUCUAAAAAGGUUGCAGACUUAAUACUGGAGAAGCAGCCUGCAUAUGUCAAGGAACUUGAACGAGUUACAUCAUUACAGACUAGUCUUCAGCUAGCUGCUGUCAUUUGCACAAAUGGAAGAAGGCAUUUGACUACAGCGAAGGAAGGCUUUACUCAAGCCAGCUUGGGUCUUCUUGCAAAUCAGCGAAAACGUCAGCUGAUGAUGGGCUUGUUAAAAUCUCUGAGAACAAUAAAGACCCUGCAACAAACAGAUGUCCGCUUAAGUGAGAUGUUGGAGGAGGAGGAUUACCCUGGGGCCAUCCAGCUGUGCUUGGAAUGUCAGAAAGCAGCUAGCACUUUCAAACACUACAGUUGCAUAAGUGAAUUGAAUUCAAAGCUGCAGGACACUCUGGAACAAAUAGAGGAACAGCUAGAUGUGGCACUUUCCAAAAUCUGCAAAAACUUUGACAUCUCUCAUUAUACCAAGGUGCAACAGGCUUACAGGCUACUUGGAAAAACACAGACAGCGAUGGACCAACUUCACAUGCACUUUACUCAAGCAAUUCAUAACACAGUAUUCCAAGUUGUUCUUGGGUAUGUUGAACUGUGUGCAGGGAACACAGACACUAAAUUUCAGAAGCUUCAGUACAAGGACCUCUGUACGCACGUUACUUCGGACAGUUACAUUCCUUGCCUUGCUGACCUCUGCAAAGCUCUGUGGGAGGUAAUGCUCAGUUACUAUCGAACCAUGGAGUGGCAUGAAAAAUACGAUUGUGGUGAGCCAUCUACGUCUUCGGAUGGAAGCAAUGUUAUGGGUGCUGAGGAGAGUACGUUUGACCGUAGCUAUGUGAAAAAGAAAUUGGAACAUGGACUUUCACGAAUAUGGCAGGAUGUCCAGUUGAAAGUGAAAACCUAUUUGCUGGGCACAGACAUGUCUAACUUCAAAUAUGAUGACUUCAUCUUUGUCCUGGAUAUUGUCAGCAGGCUGAUGCAAGUUGGAGAGGAAUUUUGUGGCAGUAAGUCAGAGGUUUUGCAAGAGUCCAUUAGAAAACAAAGUGUGAAUUAUUUCAAGAACUAUCACAGAACCCGGCUUGAAGAACUGAGAAUGUUCUUAGAGAAUGAGACAUGGGAGCUUUGUCCUGUUAAAUCAAGCUUCAGCAUAUUACAACUUCAUGAGUUUAAGUUCAUGGCCCAGUCUCGUUCCCCUUCUGUGUCACCUAGCAAACAGCCUGCUUCAGAAAUAGAAAAAGCUGAAACUCUGUUUGAACAAUACUGUAAUGGAGGAAACCCCUUUGAAAUCCAAGCCAACAACAAGGAUGAUGAGACUGAAGAUGUACUGGCUUCUAAUGGGUAUGAAUCAGAUGAACAGGAAAAGAGUGCUUAUCAAGAAUAUGACAGUGACAGUGAUGUUCCGGAAGAACUGAAAAGAGACUAUGUCGAUGAACAGACUGGGGAUGCUCCAGUAAAAAGUAUUUCUCGAGAAACCCUGAAGAGCAGAAAGCGAUCAGAUUAUUGUCUCAACAAAGUGAACGCUCCCAUUUUAACCAACACUACGCUUAAUGUAAUCAGACUUGUUGGAAAAUACAUGCAGAUGAUGAACAUCUUGAAGCCUAUUGCCUUUGAUGUGAUCCAUUUCAUGUCCCAGCUUUUUGAUUAUUAUAUGUACGCAAUAUAUACAUUUUUUGGGCGAAAUGACACGUUUGAAUCAACGGGACUGGGGCUCAGUAGCAGCAGGCUUCGCACCACCUUGAACAGAAUACAGGAGAGUCUGAUUGAUUUGGAGGUCUCCUCUGAUGCCCCUGGAACUCUGACUGCUGUAGAGGAAAGGAAGGAGAAAGUUCCUGUCCCACAUCUCAGCCAUCUUGUUGUCUUGACCUCAGGCAACACCCUCUAUGGCCUCGCAGAGAGAGUAGUAGCCACUGAAUCCUUAGUAUUUUUAGCUGAGCAAUUUGAAUUCCUCCAACCUCAUCUUGAUACUGUAAUGCCUCCAGCCAAGAAACCUUUUCUUCAGCAAUUCUAUUCACAGACGGUUUCAACGGCCAGUGAACUGCGUAAACCGAUAUACUGGAUUGUUGCUGCUAAAGCAAUUGAUUAUGAACAGAUGCUGCUUUUAAUGGCAAACGUGAAAUGGGAUGUGAAAGAAAUCAUGUCACAACACAAUAUUUAUGUAGAUUCCCUUUUAAAAGAAUUUGAACAGUUUAACAGGAGAAUGAAUGAGGUUUCUAAGAGGGUCCGUAUUCCAUUGCCUGUGUCAAAUAUUCUUUGGGAGCACUGUAUACGACUAGCCAAUAGAACUCUUGUAGAAGGUUAUGCAAAUGUCAAGAAGUGUAGCAAUGAGGGUCGUGCCUUGAUGCAACUGGACUUCCAGCAAUUUCUCAUGAAGCUGGAGAAGCUGACAGAUAUCAGACCUAUUCCAGACAAGGAAUUUGUGGAGACCUACAUCAAAGCUUACUAUUUGACUGAAAAUGACAUGGAGCGUUGGAUCAAGGAACACAGAGAAUAUUCCACCAAGCAAUUGACUAACCUGGUGAAUGUUUGCCUGGGAACCCACAUCAACAAAAAAGCGAAGCAGAAAUUGUUAGCAGCUAUCGAUGACAUAGACCGGCCUAAAAGAUAAUUGGAAAAAGCUUCCACUCUAAUUGGAUUUUUUUAACCACAUGAAGAAAUAUCUCAUGGACUACCGAUGGAAUCUGGUUAAAUGGGAAAAAAUUGUGUCUUUUUCUUAAUAGCUUUGAAGGCACUUUGAUCAGUAUGUGCUCUUCUUGGUUGCAAGUUUUAAACCUUUAUUCUGUUUCUUUUGUUGUCAGGAGGACACUAGUUAUCAUUUGGUGCUGUAUAUUUUCCUUUGUGUAUAUACAAGAUUUAUAUACUUGGCUAAUCAAUAUUAGAAGCAAGCAAGCCAAAAUAAUAAUAUAUUUAGUUGGUGGUUUUAUGUUUUACUUUAUUUUGUCUUUUUGUAAAGGGGCUGCUAGUAGGGUCAUUCCCCCUCCUAUGCUCAGAAGAAGGUUAUGAACCCAUGUAAAGAGGGGAGCCUCAUACAUAGUUUUCAAAUUAUGAAUUGUGCAUGUGCUUUAGCAAUGUGCAUCAGUAAGAUAACGGCACUAAAUUGAAGCCCAUUGCCUUUUUAUGUACUUUUACGUGUAAGUUCAUUUCAGAAUGAAUUCUGUCUUGUCAAAGGAACUGGCCACAAAUUAUGAGAAGGAAAUAAACACUCUACACUAAUGAA